AUGAGGCAAAGCAGUAACGCAGAAACUACGGAGGCUCGUUUCUCGGCCACCAUUUCCUCCUCUUCUCUCAGAAACCUUCUUCACAGAUCAAUCUCUUCCAAGCACAAACCCACUUCAAACCCUAAAAUCCCAAAAUCAGAUGCAGAGAACACUCCACCCACCCACCCCAACGUCCAGAUCGACCAUGACCAAUCGUUGCCUUCCACAGCCAAGCAAUCAUACUCCCAAACCUCAAUUUCCCCGAACAACCUUAACCAAUCGAAACCCGCUCUUCAACCGGAUCCAUCAGUCAAGGUUGCAGUACGAAUUAGACCUGCCAAUAACAAUGGAAUAGAGGGAGAUCGAACCGUUAAGAAGGUUUCUUCUGAUACCUUGUAUGUUGGGGAUAGGCAAUUUACAUUUGACUCGGUUUUUGAUUCCAACACCAAUCAGGAGGAUAUUUUUCAGUCAGUGGGUGUGCCCUUGGUUAGAAAUGCUUUAGCUGGUUACAACACUUCAAUUCUGUCAUAUGGCCAGUCUGGAAGUGGAAAGACUUAUACAAUGUGGGGUCCCCCAAGUGCUAUGUUUGAGGAGCCCUCACCCCAAAGUCACAAGGGAAUUGUUCCUCGGAUCUUCCAGAUGUUAUUUUCUGAGCUUGAGAAAGAGCAGCAAAUGUUUGAGGGCAAACAGUUCAACUAUCAGUGCCGAUGUUCUUUCCUUGAGAUAUACAAUGAGCAAGUUGGGGAUUUACUUGAUCCAACCCAGCGGAAUCUUCAGAUGAAAGAUGAUUCCAAAAAUGCAUUGUACAUAGAGAAUUUGACUGAGGAAUACGUCACUAGCUAUGAUUAUGUGACACAAAUUCUGAUCAAGGGCCUUUCGAGUAGAAAAGUUGGGGCAACAAGCUUAAAUUCUAAGAGCUCUAGAUCACAUAUCAUUUUCACUUUUGUGAUUGAGUCAUGGUGUAAGGGAAUCUCAUCAAAUGUUUUCAGUAGUUCAAAAACUAGCAGAAUUAGCCUUAUAGAUCUUGCUGGACAAGACAGGAACAAAGUUGAUGAUGCAGGCAAAAAAUGUAUGAGGGAAAGCAAAAAUGUAAAGAAGUCCUUGUCUCAGCUAGGGCACUUAGUAGAUGCUUUGACUAAAGAAACUCACUCCAGAAAAGGACAAGCAAUUCCAAGCAGGAAAUCCUGUUUAACACGAUUACUACAGGAAUCACUUGGUGGAAAUUCCAAACUCUCAGUAAUCUGUUCCAUCUUCCCUGAUAACAAGAAUAAUGGUGAAACACUGCGCACACUAAGGUUUGGACAGAGAGUAAGGUCCAUUAGAAAUGAACCUGUUAUCAAUGAAAUAAAGGAGGAUGAUGUUAAUGAUUUGAGUGAUCAAAUCCGGAAGCUCAAGGAAGAACUUAUUAGAGCAAAGGCUGAGGUUCACAGCUCAGAUGGGAGUAAAAAUGGAUUCUUCCAAGUAUGUAAUGUACGGGAAAGCCUUAAUCAGUUGAGAGUCAGCUUAAACCGUUCUCUAAUCCUGCCUCAUGUUGACAAUGACACUACUGAGGAGGUAAAUGUGGAUGAGGAGGACAUAAAGCAAUUACGCCAGCAGAUUGAUGAAUUGUAUAGUUCAUGUGAAGGGAAUCUUAAAGACAUAUCUGUAAGUGAAGAUUGUAUACAGUAUUAUUCUGUUGCGGAAAAUUGUGAAGCAGAUGUGAUCAGUGGCGAUGAAACUGAAAGAGAGGAAGUGUGUUCUAGGGAAACACUCAGUAAGCUUUGUCACGAGGAAAGUGAGGGAUCAGCUAACACCUUGUAUGCAUCAGCAGAUGACUUUGUAUGCACUGCUAAGUCUUCAAGGGCAAUUAGAUCUUCAUUCAGAGAUAGCAUUUCAGUUAGUUCAUGCAGCCGAUCCCCAAUACUUGAGGAACCACAGUUGUCUGAGUCUCCAAAAAUCAGGAAUACCCAGAGGAAAAGUGUGGCUUAUUCAUCAAGUUGUCUGGGAAGUUGGAAUACUGUGGCAGAGGAGAAUUUGAGUUCCAGUCAAGAUAUAUUAGGACAAUCUCUUAAACAGGGUGAGCAGAUGAAAUCAUCACUACGGUCAAGCAAGGUUUUUCCAGGUCCUACCGAGUCCUUGGCAGCAAGCCUUCAGAGGGGAUUACAGAUAAUUGAUUAUCAUCAGCGGAACUCAGCAUUAAACAAAUCUUCAGCUUCUUUCUCUUUUGAGCACUUAACCUUGACACCUUGUCCAGAAAUAGACAGUGGUGAUUCUUGUGAUCAGGCAAUGCGACAGAAGAAAUAUUAUGUUGAUGAAAGAACUGCUACUCUGCUUUGUGAAUCAUGCCGUAAAAAAAUAUAUGAUCAGGAUUCCACAGAGUUUAAGGAUAGCUUAAACUCACCAAUUGACACAGCAGAAGCAGGAAAUCCAGAUGAACUGACAGAUGAGGUUCCAAAAGAUUUACAAAAUGUAAUAGAAAAAGCAACCGUAAGAGAAAAGGAGCUUGAGAAUGUUUGCAAGGAGCAAGCUGCUAAAAUUGAAGAACUAAAUCAAUUGGUGGAAAAAUUAAAAGGAGAGAAAGAACUAAAAUCAUCCAUCAUUGUGUAUGAUCAAGAAAGCAACAAACAGAGUAGACAAGAAGAAGAGUAUAACUCAUUGAAAGAUGAAGACAAGCUUCUGAGGGGCACUUCCUUAGACAGUCAUUUACCAGAUAUUAUAGAGGAAAAAUGUGAAAUUAAAGAAGUCCAGGAAGAAGUAACUCAAAGGGACAGCUCUUUUGAUGCAGCUGAGAAGAAAGAACUUCUUAAGGAAAUUCAAAAUCUAAGAAGCAAGCUGCAAUUAUAUGGCGAUGCACCAGUUAAGAAGUCCACUGACAAACUGAGAUCUUCCUUAUCAUUAAUGUCAAGAUCCAUUCAACUGCGAAAAAGUAGUGUAUUUUCUCCUGAUAAUGGUGGUGAUGAACUAGAGAAAGAGAGACAGAGAUGGACAGAAAUGGAAAGUGAGUGGAUAUGUCUUACUGAUGAACUAAGAGUUGAUCUUGAGUCCAAUCGCCAGCGGGCAGAGAGGGUGGAGAUGGAACUAAUUUUAGAGAAGAAAUGCACUGAAGAGUUAGAUGAUGCACUAAAAAGAGCUGUUCUUGGACAUGCUAGAAUGGUGGAACAUUACGCUGACCUCCAAGAAAAAUAUAAUGAUUUGGUUGCAAAGCACAAUGCUAUAAUGGAAGGCAUAGCACAGGUGAAGAAGGCAGCGGCAAAGGCUGGAAGAAAGGGUCAUGCUCGCUUUGCCAAAUCUCUUGCUGCUGAGCUUUCUGCAUUGAGGGUGGAGAGAGAGAGGGAAACAAAAUUCUUGAAAAAGGAGAACACGAAUCUCAAGAUUCAACUUAGAGACACUGCAGAGGCUGUUCAUGCAGCUGGAGAACUUCUUGUUAGACUCAGGGAAGCUGAGCAUGCAGCAUCUAUUGCAGAGGAGAAUAAUACAAAAGUGCAACAAGAUAAUGAAAAGCUAAAAAAGCAAAUGGAUAAGCUCAAAAGAAAACACAAGAUGGAGAUGAUUACGAUGAAGCAGUAUCUUGCAGAGAGCAAAUUACCAGAGUCUGCACUGCAGCCACUAUUUAGAGAGGAUUCUGAUGUGAUACACAACAAUGCUAAUUCCCAUCCAGACGAUGAUCAGGCAUGGAGAGUAGAGUUUGGAGCAAUCUAUCAGGAGCAUUAUUAA